AUGCCAAUCACAUUCGGCUCCGUUGGCGAUAUCAUCUCGCUCUCUAUUCUUAUCAAAGACCUUGUGCGAUCCCUCGAUAACAGCCGCGGCUCUCCAGCAGAGUACCAGGCUGUGAUUCGCGAAUUAUGGGGCCUUGACCACGCGUUGCUCGAAGUCGAAGUGCUGUUUCAAUCCUGUGAACAGACAGUCUAUUUAAGGGCGUUGAGGGUUACCGUUAAUGAAUGUGUAGAGCAAUGUCGGAAUUGCAUUGUGAAGUUUCACGAGCAGAUAAAGAAGUUCGAGAAGAGUCUACAAUCUGGAGGUUCAGACAGCUUCAUCAGAGAUAUAGCUAUGAAAAUUCGAUGGCAGGUUUCGAAGGACGACCUCGCCAAAUUCAGAGCUGAGAUCAAUGCGCAUUGCUUCUCUAUCAAUAUGCUGCUGACGACGACUGGCGUUACUCUCGCCAAACUGAACGACGAAAAUGUACAAACAAGUCUUAGGCAGUCCGAGCUAUCCCAUGCAAAGUCGUCAGCUACUCAAGCCUACGAAUUGACUGAGAUCAAAAGUCGCUUAGAGGACAACAACGCUUUGAUCAAGGCAGCGGCAUCUGAGACCAAGGAUUUGGGCUUAAGAUUUGACAUGGAUUACUUAAAGAGCCUUGGAGCUGACAUUCUCUCAUUCAUGCAAAAGAUAUGGAAAGUCAAUUUCUUGACUUACAAAGCUGUGAUAUCCCUACAGACUAGUAUUCCAGCUCAACUCGAGCGAUGCUGGACACAAGAGCCGGCAACUCUCGAAGACGCUUUAGGCCGAGUGACUGCCGUACACCUAGAAUUCCUCGAUUCCUGGGAAGCUUUCGAAGCCGUUCUCGAAGUUCGCUUUCGACAAUUACCAGGCCAUCGAAAGAUAAGGCAAGGAGAGUAUGCACUCCAGGCCAGUUCAUGGGAAAGGGACGUCGAGCGUUCCCUUGCUUUGAACCGAUGCUUCCUACCUGGUCAGCGUAUUAACAUGAGUAUGAUCUUCGACGGCAAAUUCGGACGUCUUAGCUCUUGUCCUGGAUGUCACCUAGUCACUUCUAAAACGGAGGAAGAACUUGACUCACAGGUGCAAUGUCCCAGGUGCAAAAUGUGGUACCAACAAGUCUUGCAGAAGACCACGACCGAACCCAAACCCAUGAGUAUGAUUGAGCCCAAGGUCGUUGCGCAAGAUACACAGCUGCCAACGCCACCUCAGCGGAAGCGACAGUGGACUGAAGACGAGGAACUUGAUGAUAACCCGGCACACUUUCGGCGAGUACGCUUGAGGUAUUGGAACCAAAGUCACAAGCUAGGAAGAAGCCCAGCAUACCAGGAUGCUGACUACAGCCCAAAGAGUAGUGCAAAGACUAUAACGGCUAAAGCAGCUUCAACACAAGCAGCACCUCUCGAAACCCCAACCUCACGCACUGGUGUCGGGCAAACACCACUACAGCAAAUAUUCGAGUCAGCUGUCGACCGAUCAAGCAAGAUUGAAAACCCUGCGCUCGGUAUCGCUUUUGAGCAGCUAUAUGAGGCAAGCCUGCGGAACAGUGUAAACGACCAUCAUGAAGCUGUGCUCUUUCAGAAGCCAGCGUUGCAACCAAUUGUCGCACUUCAGAGCUAUCUCAAAGCCGGGAAGAAGCAGAUCAGAGCUUAUAACAAGCUAGACUCUGCAGAGCUACAGCGAAUUGCCGCUUCAUUUGAAAGACAGGCGUUCUGA